AUGCAAAAUAGUUCUUCAACUUCAUCUCUGGGUCCAGCAGGCUUGGAUCUAAGCCAAGCGUUCUUCAAGCCCAUUUGCAACACAGAGCCACCAUCACCCACAAAACGCCACACUAAGAUCUCCAUCAUCGGAACCGGAAACGUCGGCAUGGCCAUUACCCAAACUAUCCUAACCCAAGACCUCUGCGACGAAAUCGCCCUCGUCGACGCCAAGCCCGAUAAACUUCGCGGUGAAAUGCUCGACCUCCAACACGGCGCCGCCUUCCUCCCCCGCACCAAAAUCAAGGCCUCCGUCGACUACGACGUCACCGUCGGGUCGGAUCUCUGCAUUGUCACGGCGGGUGCCCGACAAAUCCCCGGUGAGUCGAGAUUGAAUUUGAUGCAGAGGAACUUGUCUCUGUUUAAGUGUAUAAUACCGCCGUUGGCUAAGUACUCGCCGGACUCUGUGCUGUUGAUUGUUUCGAAUCCGGUGGAUGUCUUGACUUAUGUGGCGUGGAAGCUUUCUGGGUUUCCGUCGAACCGGGUUAUCGGUUCGGGUACGAAUCUGGAUUCUUCCAGGUUUAGGUUUCUCAUUGCGGAUCAUCUUGAUGUCAAUGCUCAGGAUGUGCAGGCAUACAUUGUUGGGGAGCAUGGUGACAGUUCUGUGGCGCUGUGGUCAAGCAUAAGUGUUGGAGGAGUACCACUACUUAGCCUUUUGGAAAGGCAGCAAAUCGCCUAUGAGAAGGCCACUCUGGAGAAAAUUCACAGAGAAGUUGUGGAGAGUGCAUAUGAAGUGAUAAGCCUCAAAGGUUACACAUCAUGGGCAAUAGGGUACUCGGCGGCUAGCCUGGCUCGAACAAUACUUAGGGACCAGAGGCGAAUCCACCCUGUCUCAGUCCUUGCCAAGGGUUUCCAUGGCAUCCAUGACGGGGAUGUAUUCCUGAGCUUGCCAGCACAGCUUGGUAGGAGCGGAGUCUUAGGGUGA